GUGCAGUAUCCUGGUUGCCAUGGUUACGCAGCGACAUGUUAGCCUGACUGCCUGAGGUCGCGACAAGAAGCCGUAGUUUUAAUAUUAUAUUAAAAUGGACGUCAUUGGAAGUUUAGAAGUCAGGGGGAUUCAAGGUUUCACAAGCAGCCCCAUCGAGUUUGUGGACAAUAACACGAUAUGUUACACAUGUGGGAAUCACAUCUGUUUCCUCAACCUGAAAACUAAAUCAAAAAGUUUGCUCCAGGGCCCCGGCAGAGGCAUUGGUGCAUUCACAGCCAGAGGCACCAGUGGGAUUUUUGCCUUUUCUGAGCAAAAUGUGUCCCCAUCUAUAUUUGUGUACGCGUUCCCCGAGCUUCACAUGAAGAAUGAACUCAAAGGAAAAGCACAACUGGACUACACAUCUCUGGCAUUAAGUGAUGGUGGCCCUUAUUUGGGCUGUUGCACUUCUCUUCCAGACCACACCAUAACAGUGUGGAACUGGGAAACUGCCGAGCCAGUCUGCACACAACCACAAGCCGGGAAAGAUGUCAUUUCUUUGGUGUUCAACCCAAUGAAUUGGCUUCAGCUUUGUGCUCUGGGCACUGCAUCCAUUACUGUGUGGAAUAUUGAGAAGAGUGCCAGCCUCCAUGUACUGAAACCAUGUGUGGUUCAACUUCCUGCAAGUGAUGGAUCCUUGGCUGAGAGAUUGGGGCCCACCUCUUAUAACAUCAAGGGCAACAAGGCAGAUACCGUUGUGACAAAACUCACCUCUGGAGCCAGACUGACUCCUAGUGCCAUCUGCUGGACAACCACAUCAGAUCUCUUUGUGGGCUGUGCAGAGGGAUUUCUAUUCCUUGUUAAUCCAGAGAACCUCUCUGUGACUGUCCUCUUUAACCCCACAACUCCGGAUGUUGCCCCUGAUCUCGCUGAUCUUAGACAGAGCAGCUUUCAAGGUUUAACCCUUAACAAGAAUGGUGUGAUCGCUGUAAUGAAGGACAGUGUGGUGCACUGUCUGCAAAUCAAAGGGACUCAGAUUGACAUCACACAAACGUGGCAGAUAGAAGGAACUGCCACAACUGCAAUCUACUCCCCUGACUAUGAAACAUUACUUCUAUCUUCCAAUACAGGGCAGAUCUACAUGUUGAAUUCGACCAGGUCAGACAAGAUUGAGAAGGUCCUGGACAUCCUCAGUGGGAACUUUGUGGCAGCAGCUUGGUCGCAUUCUGACAAGAACAUUUGUGUGUCAGUGAGGGAUUCUGGAGAACUGCAGCUGUGGACCGUAGAUGGCAUGUGCCGUGGUUCCCUUCCUCUUCAAGCUGAGGUGACCAGUGUGGCCUACUGUCCUAUUGCGCAAUAUGCAGCUGUAGGAACUAAGUCAGGAAACGUCCUCUUUGUUGACCUGAACAGGGAGCAGGAGCCUCGCCUGGUGCACCAGGUUCAGCUCUACCACUCUUCCGUGGAUCACCUGGUUUUCGAUCAAGAGGGGCACCACCUUCUAACUGGAGCUUCAGAUUCAAAUAUCUAUGUAAUAGAUGCAAAGCCAUCAAAGAAGUUUCCAAUCAUAGGAUACACAGUUGUUCCUGGACCCAUUUUGUCACUUUCCACUCAGUGUGUCAGAGAUGGUGAACAAGUGAAAGCCCUUGCACUGUGCGCUCGACAGGAAGGAAACAAGCAUGACAGUAGUCUGUUCACACUGCCUGCAAAAGACCUUACAGGCCCUGAUGGUGUAGACCAACAUGGUUGUCCGUCUCCUCACGUUCUAAAAGGCUCAAUGAAUGAAGUGUCUCAUCCACUUGAGUCAUGUGUUCUGGGAGUCAGCAAGAUCUUUUCCUACUGCCACAGGAAGAAAACUCUUCAGCAGUUUCAGCUACCCCAGGUCAGCAGUGGAGCAGAGACUGUUGAUGUUUUGGAGCAGGAUGAGAGUUCUAACAUCCUCCUGUCUGCUCCACCUUCACACCCCACCUGGCUGGAAGGCAGACAAGAUGCGGUGAUGGAAGAAGAAAAUCAGAAAUAUUCUGAGAUAAAAGAAAACCUGAGGAAAACCAUUGAGGAGUUACGCAACACUAUCCAGGAGAUGAGGUGUGAAAAUGAGACCCUCCCAGCUAUCGAGCGUCUGGCACAACAGGAGUUUAACCUGGAUGUUGAGGAUCAGAGACGUCAAGCGGCCGUGGUGGAGCAGGAGGUUACAAGGGUGAGAAAAGAAAUUGAGUGGGAGAUUUUGGUGAAAUGUUACUUCCGUGAUGUCCUGAAGAGAGCGUGUUGGGAUUCAGUGAAGGUCAAGGGACGAGCCAUUAAGUCAUUUCACUCUGAACAUGAGGUGAAGAAUUAUCCUCUGGAGGAGCGAAGUGAGAAAGAGGUGGAGGAACUUCGCAGGGUUGAGAACAUCAGGAAGAUUGAAAUGGCUGCCUGCACCCAGUGUGACCUAAAGAAAUGUUCCAAUACAUCCAGCUCGAAGGAGGAAGAGCAGGGGGAGGAAGACCAUACAACUGAGAAUGCUGCUGUUACAGGGAGUUUCUCCGCUCAGUUGGGAUAUUCAAACCCUUACAUCUACAAUCAGUUCAGCCUUAAAACCACAGAACAGAGGAUCAACCAGUUUAUUCUGCUACAGGAAAAGCUUAAGAUCGCCCAUCUUGUCUGUGCAGUACUCCUAGAAGAGGAGAUGAGAAAUCGAGAGUUGGAGCUCAAGCUCGAACUUGAAAAACUGUUGGCGCACAAGGAUGAACUUGAGGAGAAGGUGAAGUCCUGUGAAGAAGAUGUAGAACUGUUUCACAAGGCCUAUGACACCGUCGCAGCUGAGGACAAAGUUCUUGAUAAAGAAUUCAGGAAGGAGUUCUAUGAUGUACCUGCGCAAAUUGUGGAUCAUUUGUAUAAGCUCUUCAGACGUAGACCCAGGGUUCAAAAGUUGAGGACUCAGACUGACAACAACCCCAACCCGUUCAAAGAUCAGCAUCUGAGCAGCUCUCAGGCUUCCGAUGCGCUUGACAAAAUGCUGAAGGCCAUGGAAGAGCUGGAUGCUCCGGAAAAUAUACCACAAGGCUUGAACCCAUCAAUCUGGGAGAGAUUCUGUCUUUUCCGCAGAUCAAAAAUAGAGAGCGAGCAAAAGGUAAAAGUAAAAGCUUUGGCUCUUGCUGAGAUGCAGGCAUUGUUACAGAAGAGGAGAGAUGAGACUGAGGCUGCUGAACAGGAAAUUAAAAAUCUCUCAGACCAACGUGAAAGUCUUCAUAAGGAGAAGAACAGUUCCCUGAUGGACAUCAUGGUCCAGAUGGUCCUCAAACAGAGUCAAGUGUCCACUGCAGAUGUGACAGCUGAGGACUCUGACUACGAACUCCUCCACAGGAGUGUGGUGGAGGAGCUCAACAAAACCAUCAGGCUUUUUAAUUUGAGUUUCAUAAAUGUCAGUUAUUCUUUUCUAUUUCAGUAUCUCACCAAGACAGCUCGAGCAGGUUGUACAUCCAAGCAAGUUUCCAUCCUGGAGAAAACAAUCGAUUUACAGAAAGAGACUCAUCAACACAAAGUGCAGAAUCGCAUGAAGGAGAUUGAGCAGCUCAACAAGCAGGCAGCGAUGAAAGCACAGAGCAACAAAAUCAUAGAGCAGCAGCUCCCUGACAUGCAGGUGACUGUGGCGGAGAGGAGACACAUCAAUGAAGCAGCAGAGGAAAAUCAGGAACCCACAACAGAGGAGAGCUACUUGGAAAUCCCUCAGAAGAAGCAUUUGAAGGAUUAUGCUAGAGCCCAGGGAGAAGAUCUGGUUGUUCUCAGGGCAGAACUUGAGCGUCUGAGAAUGAGGACCUUUCCUUCUCUGGAUGAGCUGAAACACUGAGCAAAACCUUCUCUUUAACAAUAAACAGGGUUUUAUUCACACUUCUCUUCACAAGUAAACUGAACAUGAA